AUGUCCUAUAAUCACACGAGUAGCACGUACAAUUCUCGGAAUACUGGCGAGAAUUUUAUGCGAAACAAUUUUCAUUAUGUAAACACGGCACGGGCAAGCUCACCGAAUAGCAAGAUUUCGUUCAGCGGAAGCAGUGGCUCAAAGAAAUGGUUGAUUGGUGCGCUUGUUCUCGUCGUCUUUCUGCUAUUAGCUGCUGUUGUUGUUAUUAUUCUUUUCGCUACAGGAGUUUUCGACUCCGAAGCCGUCCCUCAAACUCAAAUUUUCACACAAGCACCGAUUGUCGAUCGUUUUGUGAACAAAACCUACACUUGCCAGGUUUUCAUUCUAAAACAAGCAAACGAUUACUACGAUGAUCCGAUGAGUUUCUACACGAUACAGGCAAAGAGAAUGGCUACACAAGCGCUUGUGACGGUGAUGAGUCGAACACCGAUUGCGCCAAUGGGAUUGAGGACGGAGUUGGUGAAUAUGCAGAACAGUGGAAACGACGUGGCAAUGACAUUUCGUUUGCGCCUCCGUGUUCCCGCAUCGUCCGAUCUCACCGCAAUCGUGAUUAGAAAUACGGUGUUGACGCCGAGAACGCUCAACGAUUUGGGUGCUGCGAUGAACAAUGUGGCGAUCGACACGAGUCCAAAUCGAGUUCUCGUGGCUGAUGGA